UGCCAGUGGACAAUCAAACGUACACACCCACCUCUGUCUACACUCGUCUGUCCAACAUUUCUUACUUCUGCUACAAAAUACAUAGCUACAUCAAAUCUCUCAGCUCUAAACCUCAAACCGGCGCAUCGUCAAACACCAGCAAUAGCUCAAAAAAGACCUCUUACAAUACAACAUGGAGUCCCCUCCAGAUCCAGCGAGCGACCCGGGCAACGGCGUCUCAGAGCCGGUUACCCCGGUCAGGGAAACCCCGGUAAACCUGGAGACCCUCCGCAAAGCUGAGCACCAAGCCCCGGUGCGCAGGCAGAGCUGCUCCAGUACCAACAGAGGUAUUUCAGUAACAAAGAAGACACACACCUCUCAAAUCGAAAUAAUUCCCUGCAAGAUCUGUGGAGACAAAUCAUCAGGCAUCCAUUACGGUGUGAUAACGUGUGAAGGCUGCAAGGGUUUCUUCAGGAGGAGUCAACAGAGCAAUGCGGCGUAUUCAUGCCCGCGUCAGAAGAACUGCCUGAUUGACCGCACCAGCCGAAAUCGCUGCCAACACUGCAGGCUGCAGAAGUGUCUGGCCGUGGGCAUGUCACGUGACGCGGUGAAGUUCGGCCGCAUGUCGAAGAAACAGCGAGAUAGUCUGUAUGCAGAAGUGCAGAAACACCGGCUCCAACAACAACAGCGGGACCACCAGCAGCAGCCCGGCGAGGCCGAGCCCCUAACCCCAACCUAUGGCCUCACAACCAACGGUCUGACCGAGCUCCACGAUGACCUGAGCGGCUACAUGAACGGCCAUACACCUGACGGCACUAAACCGGACUCGGGCGUCAGCAGCUUCUACCUGGACAUCCAACCUUCACCCGACCAGUCUGGCUUGGACAUCAAUGGGAUCAAGCCAGAGCCCAUUUGCGACUUCACCUCAGGCUCAGGCUUCUUCCCGUACUGUUCCUUCACCAAUGGAGAGACAUCCCCCACUGUUUCCAUGGCUGAGCUGGAGCAUCUGGCCCAAAACAUUUCCAAGUCCCAUAUGGAGACAUGUCAGUACCUGAGAGAAGAGCUUCAGCAGAUGACCUGGCAGGCAUUUCUUCAGGAAGAAGUGGAGAGCUACCAGAACAAGCCCAGAGAAGUCAUGUGGCAGUUGUGUGCCAUUAAAAUAACAGAGGCCAUUCAGUACGUGGUGGAGUUUGCAAAGCGCAUCGAUGGCUUCAUGGAGCUCUGUCAGAAUGAUCAGAUAGUGCUUCUCAAAGCAGGCUCUUUGGAGGUGGUGUUUGUCAGAAUGUGCCGUGCCUUCGACCCUCAGAACAACACAGUCUAUUUCGACGGAAAGUAUGCAGGGCCUGACGUGUUUAAAUCGUUAGGCUGCGAUGAUUUGAUCAGCUCUGUCUUCGAGUUUGGGAAAAACUUGUGUUCUAUGCACCUCUCUGAAGACGAGAUCGCCCUGUUCUCUGCCUUUGUGUUGAUGUCUGCAGACCGAUCUUGGCUUCAGGAGAAGGUGAAGGUGGAGAAACUCCAGCAGAAAAUCCAGCUGGCACUUCAGCACGUUCUGCAAAAGAACCACAGAGAGGACGGCAUUCUGACAAAGUUGAUAUGCAAAGUCUCCACACUGCGAGCUCUGUGCAGCCGGCAUACAGAAAAGCUGACGGCGUUCAAAGCAAUAUACCCAGACAUUGUGCGAGCCCACUUCCCCCCAUUGUACAAGGAGUUGUUCGGAUCAGACUUUGAGCAGUCCAUGCCCGUUGACGGGUAACGCUUCCCCGCGCCCGCCCGGGGAUUUCACGCCGUGGGGAAUGUCAAGCAUAAAUCUGAGACACUUUACCAGUGCCCUGCACAUACACACACACCUGGACGGCCGACACACUGCACACACACACACUUUUCCCUUUUUUCUUUGUGUUUUUUUCUUCGUGGGAGGAGGUAAAGGACUGGUUUAGACUCCAGUGGUUUAUUUUUGGGGUUUGUUCCCCCCAUUUACUGACACAGGUGGGAUGUGAAGCCCAGGGGAGAGGAUGAGAAGAUGAGUAGACGCUUGUUUUUCAUACUCUAUUUUUCUGGCUGAACCUGAAGAGUCCAUGCAUACGAUUCGAGAACGGUCCCAUGGCGAUUUGUCACGAUCAGCAUAAAUUGUUUUGACUCGUUUCCAAAGCGGAAAACGAUUUCCCGAGAGCAUUCGCCUGCAUCCAGUAUUUUAAACAAUUUUAAAGAAAGCCACACAUAAGCCAAGAAAAUGAAAUAUAAAGAAUGCUUAACUACGUACCAGUACCAUACCGACAUAUAGAUUACAGAUUGUGGCCCAUGUGGUGUGCAUGGCCCAGGCUAAGCCAGUUCCUUCCUCCAGUGGUUUUGAUUUUUUCUGGAAACGCUUGAUGUCAGAAUACAAACCAGCAGCGAAAAAAAGAGAAAUUCAAGGAGGACGGGAGAUAAAGAGGAGAGAUUGAGAAGAAGUGUGAAGCAAUGUCUGUCGGCAUUUGGUGACAAAGCAGCACCUUUCUACGGACAAUCGUCUUUAAAGAAGGAAAAACGUAGAAUUCUGGUAAUUCUAGUUGAAAUGUUGUAAAAGCUCAAUUACUUUUAGCUGUCAGAGACUUCAUCUACCAUAGUUGCUUAAGUGAUAUCUUUUAAGGCCAUCUGCUAUUAAGUCCCUCUCUGGAAUGGUGUUAACGUAAUGGUCCGACCGCCAACAUCGAUGCAAUGAAGGGGUCCAUUCCACCCUAUUUCCUAACGUGUUACAGGGUAUACGGUCAUAAGUACAAACAAUACAGAAAAAAAAUUAUGUUUAUAGAAUCUAUUUUAAAUAACAUGUAUGAUAUUAGUAGCUAGACUAUUCUUAAUUGUGAAAAAUUGAUAAGGCACUUUUAUUUGCACCUUUCUUUAAUUUAAGACUUGUAUAUUUACCUAGUUAUGUGUGUGUUGCAUGUAUAAAUACCACGGUUAUGGAAAACAAGUGCUGGAAACCCUAACGCUGCUGUGGGUGGGUGUGUGUUUGUGUGCGUGUUUGUGUAUUUAUUUGCGAGGUUGGUGCUGGGUAAAGGCUGUUCACAUCUGUUCAUAUAUUUAUUUUAAAAAACGGCAGCUUCAGAAUACUGUUCGUAGAUCUGCGUUACAUUUUUGGCACAAGGCAACCCGGUCAGAAAGCUGUUUUUGGGAUCAGAAAGCUCUGCUUUUCUGUUGUGUAACAUUUUUAGGAACGGCUGUACCAACAAACCUACCGUUUCAUCACAUGGAGGGGUUGCAUAUCAGUUUUGCACUGCACUGCAUUUUUUUACGAUAUUUCACAAAUACUACCAUUUAUUACGAUUAUAAACGUGAUUAUAAAACCUAUAGGUCAAUUUUAAACAGGCUUGUUACCAUAUUUGGUGAAAAUUUGUUUGAUCUAUUCAUGGAUAAAAAAAGCUUUUUCAUACAUUUCAGUCUGGUUCCAUCUAGUGGUGGUUUUGAGUUGAUCUGGCAACCGUUCUUUCAUGUGUUGUUCCGGACUCAAGAUGAAAGUGUAUCUUUUUAAAACAGCUCUUGUGAAGGUCUUUGCCCAGCAACAACACCCGUCAGGAGCGUAAGCGUGAAAAAUAAGAAAAGAUAAAUAUUCAAAGCCUUGUCUGGUUGAAAUCCUCUAUUUUUGUAACAUUGUAUAAAGCCUAUGAAAGAAAAAAGGGAACGAAGGAUGAUAUAGCACUUAAUCCUGCAAUAAUGAAUUAGAAUUUGUGUGUUUUUUAUGAUUUUAGGUUUUUUUUCAAAGAACAAUACAAUUUUAGUAGUAGUGCUAUUUUUUGGAAUACCUAACUGUUGUGCGUUGCGUAUGUUUGUAAGUCUUUUGAAUGUGCCAUAGUGGUCUAUCCUGCUAUUUUGAGUCUGAAGAAAUUGUGUUGUAACAUUCCAGUAAAACUAUGUUGUGACAUUUAUGAAAUCCCCAUGUAAACCUCAACGACCUGCUAACCGACAUUGAGUAGAUCUUGGAGAGCAUCUUAUCGUUUUGCUUUUAUUGUCAUAACAUUUUCAUUCCCAAUCAUGUGGUUUUUCAAGUAUUUUCCUCAGGGAAGAGUCUGUCUAACUCGAUUCUGAAACCGGUAGCUUAAACGUGUUAGUCGGCUCUACAGUCUGUUGCAUUAAAAGCUAUCGUGAAUAAUUUGAUCUCAACGGCACGAUCAGGGUCAAUACAGUCAUUAAGUAAUCUUAUUGUAGCAUACUAAUAUUAAAAAAUAUUAGUCUUAUUUUUUGUCAUGCAGCGCAUCCCCUUAUUAUUACAGUCCAUCAUUAAACUGUGAAUGACAAUCCAGGUUCAUGUUUAGUUGUUGUAAAUCAGCAGUGCUUGUAAUACAAGGCUCAGGGAGAGUAAUAUUGUGAUAAUUGAGAACACUGAUGCAGGGAAUAUCAAGGGAAAAUGAGAUAUUAGCUCUGUUCCCAAAUCCAGUGAGCUGAAUAAACGGCAUUUUAAAGCAUCUUAGACUUAUUCCUGAUUUGAAAGUCGUUCCAAAAGGCGGGGUUGCAUUAUUAUGCAGCCUUCUAACAUUUUCCUAUACACAUUAAUUCCUAUGAGAAAGUAUAAUUUUUUGCUUAGCCAUAUGAUAACAUAAAAUUUGUAUUGGAAUAUGAUUAACACAUUUAGUCAUUUCAUGGGUAGCUUGCUAGAUUUGGAACAGGAUUGUCUAGAUUUGAUUUUUAUUUGAGGCAGAACCUGGUAUUGAUAUGUUAAAAAUGGGAAUGCAUGCUUGUCACCAGUUUUUUAAACUCGGCCCUUCUUGCUUUUUAUCUUUUGCAACUUGCAUGCUCAUGUCAUAUCCUCUUAUUCACUUGCAUCCAAACUGUCAAGCCCAAAAAAGACGGCAGUAAAUCAUAAACCAUGCAAAUGUGUCAUUUAAUUCAGUCGCACCAUAGGCCACUGGUUUUAUCACAUCACACAGCAAGCUCCAAGAUCUAAUUCCCAAAAAUCAAACAAGAGAAAAAUAUAACCUCAAGCGUACUGUUUUUGUUUGUUUGUUUUUUCUGGAUGGGGAUUGUUCAGACUGUCACUCAUAACUGUUGGAGUCUAUGUGCCAAAUACCUCUUUGUAAUUUGCUCCACCGUCAACGUCCGUGCGGGCUAUUUUUAACAAAUACGGGUUUCUACAGGGUAACCACUGCUGUGGAGUCCCCUUUUAAUGAACAAGCUUUGAUGCACAGCAGACCGUCGUGAUUUUGUUUCUCGUCCAAUGAUCCAUGUCCACAAGUCAGUGCACCACAAAAGCAAAAGAUUCGCCACUUUUUGCAUGUCGUGUUUUGUCAGUGUAGUUUGUAUUAGACUUUUUAAAGCAAUAUAGUAAACAGAACUUUGGACAAAUUUAUUUUUUCUAAUACAAGGUACUUAAACAUCUCUGGAUCUGUUGUAUUAUAGACUGAGAUCUGUUUGUUUCUCUUAUUGGUGGAAGAUCCAUAAUUGUUCUCGCAUUUUUUAUUGUAUUUUUUUUAUCUGUGGUUCCCUCUUUGUGAGAAGCAAUAUAUGUCCGAAUGUGCACGGAAGAGCGCGCGUACGAGCAAAUAUGUAUGUGUUUGUGCUAUGUAAUAUUUCCUGAAGGUCAAACCCCAGACAAGGCUUUAAAGAUAAAAUGCAGCAGGGUCAGAUGGUGAAUUGUACGUAAGAUCUUCUGUUUUCCCGGGAUUUAAGAUGUUUUAAGUAGCACUGAGUUUAUACCCCUUGAUGAGGCUGUACAGCAUGACACAAGGCACCUCGAUAUUAACAUUUCAAUUAGAUUUAUGCAAACGCAACAAGGCCUAUGCACUCACAUUUCAUGUAAAAAAAAAAAGAUUUAACUGUAAACUUUAUGAUGAGUGGAUUUGAUGGAAAGUGUCAUGCUCAUAGCAGCAUUUUGAUCUGAAGGUUAAAGUGUAAGGAUGUACAAUACAUCUUUAAUUUUGCAUUUUGCUUGCAUUUUUUUUUUAUUAUUAUUAUUGAGAAGUUUCUUUCCAAAAGCACAGCUGAUGUUAUUAAAGUAAAAUAUGUUUAGAAAAUAGAAGAAAGUCUUUAGCCAUAAACGAAUGUCAAGCAAUAAUAUAAAUAUAUAUAUAUAUAUACAGUAUAUUGUGUAUUAUUAUUAUUAUUAUUUUCUGUGCAUAGGCUUUGAACAUCUGCAUGUAAAUAGAUCUUUUAUUUAUACAAUUUUUUUUGUUUGUUUGUUUUGUUUCAUUUUUGUCAUUUUCUUUUGACUAGUUCUGUUCCCGGGUGGAGAACUAUGAACGUCAAAAAUGGCCUGUAAACUGUACAGCUUCAUUUUUCCUCUCUACUUCACCUUUCGGCUUUUAAUUCACUCAGUAUUUAAUGUUUUACUGAUCACAUGUAUAAAGGUAACUUCUGUUUUUAUAGGUAAGAAGAAAAUACUGCUAUUAAGACCAUGCUCGGUGCAAAUAGACUCAUCAUGCUGUACAAUAUCUCUGUUUUUAGUCUAAUUCUCUCUUUUAGACUUAGUUUGAUUAGCGGUAGGGUGUGCUGACAUAAAUCUUUGUGUUAUACUGAUGUGUGGUGCUAGGUAAUUUACUUUCGUGAACAAAAAUGAUGGAGUCAUAGAUUAGGCCACCCUUUUAGUCCAUUCAUUUUACUGAGUAUUGAUAUAAGGACUCGAUAAAUAAUGAUAAUGAUAACAAUAAAGUUAACAAUAGUAGUAAAUUACUUUUGAAUACAAGGCAAGUACCUGUAUCAGUGUGCUAGUCUUGGGACGCGGCUUGUUUCCUUCUCACUUUUAAGAUUAUUAGCAAAAGCAGUAUCGACUAAGUAAAUCUAUUAAACGUUGCGUUUCUGAAUCUUUGCAAUGAAGAGGUUGUUCAUGCUUAAAAAAGCAGUAUUGUGUUUAUUUCUGAUUGUUAUAACCUCACAUCAAACGUUUACCGGUACAUCUGUAGCCUUUCUUUCGCUGAAAGGACUUUAGACGCAAGAUAUGGCGAAGUACUGGGCUGUCUGUAGACUCGGCUCCCUCCAUUUUUUGUUAAUUCUUCCCUGCAGUUUCUAAAGAUAAGCAUCCAUUUUUCUUUUUAACAUCUGCUUUCAUGCAGUACAAACACACGCAUACAUGACAGUUAAGCAUUAUAACUAAUUGUAUAGGACAAAUACAGUUGUACAAGGUUUGUGUAAAACUUCCUGUUUUCUAUUUGUAGCAAGGCAGAAUAUACUUGCAAUAAUACAUAGCAAACUACACUGAGUGCCUCUCAGUGGUACAUGAUGCAGAAAUUUGUUAUUGUUUUCACUGUUUUCGACUUACUCAAAUGACUGUGUUUGCACAUGUAAGUGACUUCUGUCUUGUGUUACCAAUCUUUCUUUUCAUUUACUUUUUAUAUGUAAAUGAGGUAUUUCACGUUUGUUUAUAGCCAUGGAAGAAACAUUUUAUUGUCUACCGUGGUGUCCUGUAUUUCUUACUCUGUCUCAGACGUUUCUUUUUGCUUUUCCUCCGAACAGCACAGUUGAAACGUGUUUAUGGAACAUGCAUUUAUGUAUCCAGUCAGUUGCACCCUGGUUGGAUGUAUCCGCUUAACAAUGAAUGGCAGAGCCCUGUUUGGAUACCAGCAGAGACAAAAUUACAGACAAUAGACAAUCCACUCUGUGUUGUCCCAUUUUAUUCCUGCCAAUUAGGUUAAGUUGAUCAUUUUAAAGCAACAAAAUGACUAAGGCAAUGUAUCUUAAAUGUUCAUAUGUGUAUUGAUACAUACUACACAUCCGGAUCUUUCCUGUUGAACGCGAACUGAAGGGUAGGGCACAAGGGCCGGAGAAUGGGCGAGUUGGAUUUUGCUUCUCACAUGGGCGGCAACAACUGCAGAAAAAAAGCAGUGAACAAGUUUGCGGUUGUCACACAUUUUUACGUCACAUGUUUGCUACUGAUCUUAAAAUGGGGACAGUCGAUCAUGUACCUUUCUAUUCAGCUCUUUUGAACUCUCUUUAGGAGAAAGUAUCUUAAUAGUGGUUUUGCUCCCUUCUGUUUGUCUUAUUCUUAAAUAUGAAAAUAAGUAUUUUAAAUCAUUUUGUAAAUACCGCUGUAAAGAAAAAUAAGAAAUUUAAUGUUGUCUUUUAAAUACUUUUCAUUCUAAUAUGAAUGUUGUUAUAUUGUACUUAGAAACUGUACCUUUAAUAUUAUCUUUAUUAAAAGUGCAUUGGACACAUCGAUUUUAGAUGUGCUUUAUGUGCUGUUAUCCCAUAAUAAAAUUUACCGCUUGUAAUGAGCUCUUA